GAGAGUACAAGCGCCGCACACUACAAAACUCGUGUACAGAAAGAUUCAGAGAGAUUGUGGAAGUUGAAGAGUGUCCGGAGCUGCUGCUGGCUGCAGAAGUGCGCGUCCCAAUCUCCCCAAAUUCUGGGAUUUAUUUUGUUAUCAAUUUUUGGAGCACUCCAGGGAAAAAUUUCUCGUCUGCCAGAGCUUCAAAUAAAUGGCGCGGUGUUAAUGGGCAAGAUCAUCAUCCACCACUCGCCUGGAUAUUUUCAAAAUGAAGUAUAAAAUUCUGAGCACCAUCACGGUGCUGCUUUUCCUCUCGAUUUGCACAGAUUUCAGCAAUGGGCAGUACUCUAGGGACCCGAGCCGAACGGCAAUCAGAGGUCCUUAUGCUAAGAGGAGACAUCCCUGUGAGCAAAGCUCGUGUUAUCCAGCCACUGGGAAUUUAUUAAUUGGAAGGAAAGACAAACUGAAGGCAUCCUCGACUUGUGGUCUUGUGGCACCAGAGAGAUACUGCAUUGUCUCUCACCUGAAGGAGAGGAAGAAGUGCUUCUUCUGUGAUGCCGCAUCUUUCAAAUUGCAGCACAAUAUUACGAAUAUUGUUGGAGGAUUAUCAAAGAACUCCUGGUGGCAAGCUGAGAACGGUGUGGAGAACGUGACGAUUGAUUUUUCCUUGGAGGCUGAGUUUCAUUUGACUCACAUGAUCAUUCGUUUUCAAACAUUUCGACCAGCAGCGAUGCUGAUCGAGCGUUCCCACGAUUUCGGUAAAACCUGGCAGGUGUACAGGUAUUUCGCUCACAAUUGCGAGCAGUCAUUUCCAGGUGUUCCAACGCACGUUCCCAGGAAGCUCUCCGACGUGAUCUGCGAGUCACGUUACUCCUACGUUGCUCCAUCAUCAGGUGGUGAAAUAAUCUUCCGAGUUCUCCCCCCAAAUCUGCAAUCAGUUAUCGACAAUCCGUAUUCGAAGGAGGUGCAGAACCUGAUGAAGGUGACAAAUCUCAGAAUAAAUUUCACAAAGCUGCACACUCUUGGAGAUGAUCUUCUUGACGACCGAGCCGAGAUCAGAGAGAAGUACUACUACGCUGUGCAGGAUAUGGUGAUCAGAGGUUCAUGCUCUUGCUACGGGCAUGCCUCAGCCUGCCUGGAGCUCCCCGGAGUCCUCAACGAAGAGGAAAUGGUUCACGGAAGGUGUGAGUGCACUCACAACACGAAGGGACUCAACUGCGAAAUCUGUCAGGAUCUCUACAACGACGGACCGUGGAAGCCUGCCGUUGGCAAGCAAACGAAUGCCUGCAGAAAGUGCAAUUGCAAUGAACACGCCAACUCCUGUCACUUCGAUGAAGCUGUCUACGAAAGAUCUGGAAGAGUCUCCGGAGGUGUUUGCGACGACUGCCAACACAACACCAGAGGCCAGAACUGCGAGCAGUGCAAACCGUUCUUCUAUCACGAUCUAACGAAGAAUAUUUCCCAUCCCGAUGCUUGUCAACCUUGUGAUUGUGAUCCUGGGGGCUCUCUCGACGAUGGUAUCUGCGACUCGAGAACUGAUAUAUUGAGUGGAGAAGAAUCCGGGCGUUGCCACUGCAAAUCGAACAUCGAGGGUCGCCGAUGCGACCGCUGCAAGAACGGCUUCUGGAAUUUUGAUCCUAAUAAUCCAGACGGCUGUCAAGCCUGCACCUGCAAUCCCCUGGGAACAAUCGACAAUCAGGGCUGCAAUCAGAUGACUGGUGAGUGCACUUGCAAGCGUUAUGUAACAGCACGUGAUUGCAAUCAGUGUUUACCGGAGUACUGGGGCCUCUCGGACGAUCACGACGGCUGCAAGCCCUGCGAUUGUGAUCCUGGUGGCUCCUACGAGUCGACCUGCGACGUUGUCACUGGUCAGUGUCGAUGCAGACCCCACGUUGGUGGCAGAACAUGUAAUCAGCCUGAGCAAAGCUAUUACACCGGCUCACUGGACUUUUUGAUUUACGAGGCUGAACUGGCACGUGCCAGCGACAACUGCCAAGUGGUAAUCAGAGAGCCCUACAGAGACGGUAGAAAUAACACCUGGACUGGUACUGGUUUCAUGAAAGCUGUGGAAUCAUCGACGAUGAAUUUCACAAUCGACGACAUCAGGAGAUCAAUGAUGUACGAUAUAAUAGUGCGCUAUGAGCCAGUGCAUCCUGGAGUAUGGCAGGAAGUGGAGAUACUGAUCACACGAGAUGGUCCAGUCGAUCCUCAGGGUCCAUGCGCUGGAUGGAGACCCGAGGACGACAGAUUGUGGCUGCAAUUGCCUGAUAAUUCACGCAGUGCUGUUGCCAAUCCCUCGGUCUGCUUCGAGGCUGGCAAAGUCUACAAGUUGCUGCUGUCAUUCAGGAGAUUCGAUCCACACACAGAAACCCCAACAGCUAGUAUUCUCAUCGACUCGAUUGUUCUCAGACCGAGGAUCGAUUCAAUUCCAUUCUUCAAUGGUGAAGGGCCCAAUGAAUUGAGGAGGAGGGAAUACGAGAGAUAUCGGUGUAACGAGAUUUUUGACAGUGUCACUCCAUACCAACGAGAUGAAAAUGAUAUUUGUGCUCCUUAUCACAGCAGCAUCGGUUACUGGGUGUUCGAUGGUGCUCACUCUUGCGAGUGCAAUCCAACGGGAUCUCAUAGUCUUCUAUGCGAGCACUACGGAGGAGUCUGCCCCUGCAAACCAAAUGUCGUCGGUCGUCGUUGUGAUCGUUGUGCACCUGGUACAUACGGUUUUGGUCCAAAUGGAUGCAUUCCCUGUGACUGCAAUGCAGUUGGUGCCCUCGACAACUUCUGCGACGUCGACACAGGACGCUGCAAGUGCAGACCCAACACUUAUGGCAGAACCUGUGGCCAGUGUGAGCCAGGAUUCUGGAAUUUCCCACAUUGCAGGAGAUGCGAGUGCAAUGGUCACGCUGACAGCUGUGACUCGUCCACAGGAGCGUGUGAUAACUGCAGGGACUGGACCACUGGCCACAACUGCGACAGGUGCAUCGAUACAUUCUAUGGGGAUCCGAGGAUCGGUGUCGACAUCCCCUGCAGGGCUUGUCCAUGUCCAGGUACCAUCGACUCUGGUCACGCCUACGCCGACAGCUGCUCUCUGGAUCCCAUCACCCACGAUGUAAUCUGCGAGUGCUUCCAGGGCUACUCUGGAGCACGUUGUGAGAAUUGCGCUGAGAAUUACUUCGGGAAUCCCGAGGAAGUCGGCGGCCAGUGCACAGCCUGCGACUGCAGCAAUAACACUGAUUUAUCGAGACCCGGCAAUUGUGAUCCGUACACCGGGCGUUGUCUGCAGUGUCUGUAUGAUACUGCUGGUGCCAAUUGCCAGCAGUGCAAACCUGGUUUUUAUGGGAAUGCAUUGGAGAAAAACUGUCAGGACUGCAUGUGCAACGUCCUGGGGACUGACAUUGCUGCUGGGCCGUGUGAUCACAGGACGGGACAGUGUCCCUGUCUUCCUAAUGUCAUUGGACAGCUCUGCGACAGGUGCCAGGAGAACUACUGGAGGAUUGCCAGUGGACAGGGAUGCGAUCCCUGCGAGUGUGAUGCCGUCGGAAGUGUAUCGGACAAGUGCAACCCCUACGAUGGCACAUGCGAGUGUCGGUCAGGAUUUGGAGGUCGUCGUUGCAACGAGUGUCAGGCUAAUUUCUGGGGCAAUCCGAAUGUCCAGUGCUAUCCCUGUGACUGCGAUGUCAUUGGUUCCUCGUCAGCGCAAUGCGAUCGUGACACAGGUGUCUGCGUCUGUCACAAAGGCAUCGGAGGUGAAAAAUGUGAUCAGUGCGACAGGAGUUACAUCGGCACAGCUCCCCACUGCAGCCCCUGCGGCGAGUGCUUCGAUAAUUGGGAUCUAAUUCUCGAUGGGUUACGAAAUAAGACAGAUCUGGUGAUCGAGGAGGCCUCGAGAAUCCAGAAGGUGGGUACAACUGGUGUCUACAGUCAGCAGUUCGAUAAAAUGCUGGAGUCCCUGGAUCAGGUGCGAGGACUGAUCGACAACACAACAGUGAGGAGUCAGGAUCUGGACGAAUUGAAUGAUUAUGCAGAAAAAUUGGCGAUAAAUGUUUCAUCCUCGACGAAGGCCCUGGAGGAAGUGGAGAAUCAGCUGGAGAAUGUCAGCCAGAGGGUGAAUCUGGGUGAUGUUGCUCUGAAAAAAUUAAAGAACAGAACCAACAGUCUGCACCAGGGGGCUGCCCUCCUCAAGGAGGACGCCACGAGACUCCAGGAGGCUAAUGUCCAGGGAGCUCUCAAUGUCACUCAUCAAAUGGCUGAGCAGUCCAGGCUCGCUGAAAAACUCGCCAACGACUCCAAUAACGUUCUCGCUGAUGCUGAGAGGUAUCGAAAGAACACCGAGAAUCUUUUGAUGAAAAACAGUGCGAACGUCAAUGAGGCACAGGAGAAGAGUAUGGCAUCCAUCGAGAGAAUGAACGAGAGGAUCUCAGGACUUGAGAAGGAGAUUCCAGGACUCAAUCUGGGAAUGUGUGGGGAUAAUGUUACAGAGUGCAGCAGUGUCUGCGGAGGGGCUGGCUGCGGCAUCUGCGGGGGCAUCUCCUGCGAGGCUGGGGCUGUCACCAAGGCCAGUCAGGCUCUCGAUGUUGCUAAACGACAAGCUGAGAAGAUCAGAAAUCAUAAAGACACUGCUGAAGGACUUUUACAAAAGAUGAUGGAUCUGAAGCAGGAUGCAGGUGCAGCAAGAGGAAAUGCCCAGGAUGCAUUCAAUUUUGCUCUGGAUGCUCGUAACAAGUCAGACCGAGUUGCCAAGGCCCUGGCCGAGAUCAACGACAGGACCAUAAUGAUCUUGAAUGAGGAUCAGCCCACCCCAAUGAUGGUUCGAGACCUCGCUGAAGAGGUUCUCAGGGAGAAUAUUCAUUUGAGGCCUGACGAGAUCAGAGAGCUCGCAGACAAGAUUGACAGUAUCAUAGUGUCUCUGACAGAUUCAGAUAAAAUUCUUACUGAUACCGCUGGAGAUCUCAGGAUGGCACAGGAGCUUGAGCAAAGGGCCAACAUGGCUAAGCAAUCUGCGAUCGACAAGCAGAAUCAAGCGGGCAAGGUCGUGAAUUUGCUGACUGAAACCCAAAAGGCUCAAGAAGAGGCUGCAGACGCCAUCGAGAAAGCAGAGCGAGACAUCGCCCUCUCUGAGAAGGAUCUCCAGGACGUGGGAGAGGUGACAAAAGAGGCCCAGAAGAAGGCAGCAAACACCACAGCUGCUGUGGAUGCCCUGGAGGCGCGUCUCAAACAACUGCAGACUCAGUCUGUGCGAAAUGAUUUUGUACUUAAUCAGGAGAUUCGAAAGGAGCUGCUCACUCUCGCUGACGACGCAAAAGCCGUCGACGAGAAGACCCAGAAGCUGGGGACAGAGUACAAGGGAGCUGGGGAUUCUCUCAAUAAUCGAGUGACCAAGAGCAGAGGGGACAUCGAGAGGGCAAAGAGGCUGCUCCAAAGGGCGUCUGAACUCACGGCUGAUACCACCACUAAGUUCAAGGAUUUGGAUGGAAUGGAGAGCGUCUACAGGGACAAUGACAGACUCCUCAGUGAUCUCAUGGGACAGGUUGAUGCACUCACUGCAGAAAUGGAAAAACAACUGGGAGAGAUUGAGAAGAAAGCCCAGACCUACAGGGACUGCACCGCGUAGAGUCUGGAGAUUAUUUUCGGCACGAAAUUCAUAAAUCUGUGCCAUAAAGGCGAGUGUCACUCGUUACCAAAAAUUCAUGAUCGAUUUUCAGUUUGAGAAAUACUCCCAUCGAAAAAUAUUUUUUAAAAUGUAUUGUAUGGUAAUUACUUGUAUUUUUUAAGUAUCCGUUUGAAAUAUGUGUAAUACAUAUAUUUUGUGCAUUUUUUGAAAUAUGAAUUGGGCCAAUUUUAAAUAUUUUCAUUCUUUGAACAUUUUUUGGAAUAUAUUUUUUUCUGUGUGGGAAAACGCAGUUUUUCGCGUUCUGUAUAUACAUUUAUGUUAUUUGUAAGAGUUUUAACUUUUAUUGGAGGAUUUACGCGAUUCAAUAGCCGUUGUUUUGAAGUUGAAUUGUAUCAGAAUUUAUAAUUGCAUAAUUUCUAUUUACUUAAAAUGGAGAGGUGGGACGGGUGGUAUGUGACAAUUAUCGAGUCGAAUUAAUCUGUAUUGAAAAAAUUAAUAGAAGUCCGGAGUUUUUGAACAAUCACGGGAAUUUUUAGAGAAAUUUGGAGCUAGUUGUUUUUUUCGGAGAUCUACUGGAAUCUACUGGAAAUGUCGAGAAAUUUUCUAUUUUCUAUUAUUUCUCCACACGUCGACUCAUUCCCGACCAUUCGACUACUGAUUUUAUUAUAAUUACUCAAUAUUUCUGACUUUGAGAAAUGAAUUGAAUGAAAUUUGUUACAAUUUAUAUAAAA